AAAGUGUGAUAUAAUCAUUUGCAAUUGCAUCUCUCGUUGCUGCUGCUGCUGUUGCUGCACCGCUGCACUGUGCAUUACGGCGGCGGCGGAGGCAGAGGCAGCGGCGGGGUGGAUGCAAAAUACUUCGGAGCUCUUCGAUUGGUUCGAUGCUUUCUUCUUCUCUCGCUCUCGCUCUCCUGCUCUCUCUCACUCUUUCUCUCACUAUCUCUCGAAAUGUGUCAGUAAAAUCUCCCAUCGUGUGUGUUCGCUAACACCAUUUCGCUCUCUGGCAUUUUCCGACAGGCGUAGUAGACAAAGUAGUGGCCAAAGUGUGUUCAACAAGGAAGAGAGGCCGAAAAAUUAGAGGGCACGGAACAGAAACAGUUUGCUGGUUGGUGGUACGGGGUCCUCACGAACAACAACGGACCUGAUAACAAACGCAUCGUACGUCGUACAGUACGGCAUGUAGAGCGAACAACAUAAGAGACAAAAGAAACAUGAUCAACAGUAACUGGCCUCGCACACUCAGGAAAUGAGCAUCGAAAAUCGUACACGUGGUAACUAUCGUCGCCGAGAGAUACCGUAACAAACCCAGAAGAAAUACUUCUCCCAGCCUCCUCCAACGCUAACGGCAGUGCUCGCUCGUGAUCCUUCUGGACGUGCUAGGGUAAAGAAUGGGCCUGCCGUGAGGAAACGAAACUAAAGGAUUUAAACCGCAAAACGUUUGCACACAUAGCAGGCGGAGCUGAACAAGCUUAGGAAAAACCAAGAGAAGGAUAAAGUACCGUGUCAUACUUGAUCGCUGAGCGAAGAUUGAUCUAGGCGUGCGUGCGAGAGCGUCUGCCAAUCAAACAAACAACCGGAAAAAGGAUACACGCUCUUUUCGAUGCACUUCUUCCAGCCCGUGACUUUAAGUGGCGUGCGUGUAGAAGUAUUUCACUCAGCGCAUGGAAGCACCAGUCAUGCAACAACGUAAAAGGUGAACGACUGAAAAGACUUAUUAGUGGUCGGUACUUAAAACAAAACCGGACGGACUUGUGUGUACGAAUGUGUUUGUGUGCGUGUCUGUGCUAAGGCUUUUUGUGUGUUCGCAAGCGAAAAGAAUGGUAUCGCACGGCUUAAACAGAGAAUAAGGAACAAAAAUAAAUGGUGGUGGAAGCGUGCGCCUUCUCAACGCGACAGUGAACCUAAUCCCUAGAUAGCUAACCGGAUAAUCGAACAAAAAAGAAGGAAAAACAAAGCGGGAUCCUCUCUGGUGAUCGACUGUGUUGUGUAGUAGUAGUACCGUGGGGUGCUCAUAGGGAACCACGCGAAAAAUAAAACGCAUAGUAAGCGGCGCAACGAACGCAGAAGGCGGGUAGUGAUCAAGGAAAAAUCUCGUUCGCACAGAACAGAUGAUUGUUGGUGGGUUAUAUAUAUAGCCAUUUCUGGUUACUAAAAUUAGUUUUGCGCCCUGCAAACCAGGCGGUGUGAGACACGAGAAACGGCUGAUCAAACGGUUAAAGUAGGCGGCAAGCAGACUGCUGUUAUUCGGCAGCACAGGACAGACAGAAGAUACGGAUACUGACGAAGAGAACGGCACGGGGGUUCGCCGGACCGGCGAAAAAAAAACCGCGAAAUUGUCGAACCCGAUGUCGAUUGUUGUGUUGGAGCUGAACUGUGUGAAUUAUGAAAGCACCGUGUAAUGCGCACUGGGGUGUAACUAGUGUGAGCGUGUAGUCCGGUGACGCCUGGCAUACGAAGGAAGUCGGUGACAGUGACCAACUCCACCGACCAUCGGUAGCCUAAACGAGAGGACACGCUUUGCGACCGAUGCUUGUAAUUGAUUCAUUGCAAACUUUGAAAAAAGAAGAAAAAAAGAAUACACCAAUAGCUAAUCCGCCGGAAACAGAUACUUGCCACGGUGGGGUGGAAAAGUUGUAAGAAAAUGAAUAUAGAUCCAACAAAGGCACCAGAAAAGGAGCAGAACCAGCAGCAGCAGCAGCAGCAGCAGCAACAACAGGAACAAGAACACGAGCAGCGGCAGCAGCCAUCAACCGGAAAUUCAGAUGGGGCACUAGCGUUACUCAUCUCACCAUCCUCACCGUCAUCGGCCUCUACCGUUUCACCUACCGUUUCUUCGAUUUCGAAAAAUAGCAGCACAGACGAAAUCGAUGAAAAUACGGCCGACGUUGAGCAGCAACCGCAGCAACCUCAGUCGCCUAACCCUGUGAUCGAACAACAUGUUACAGCAAGUGAGGAGCCAUCCCAAACGGAAACUGAAAAGCAGCCGGUCUGUAACGAUAAUGGCAAACAACACCGAGGUAGCGGCAUGUGCUACGAGCAGAGCUAUCAACGUUUAUCCCAAGUGGAAGAGCAGGAAACAAUCGCUCACGAAACAGCCAGGCCAGAGGAGACCGAAAAGACGCAGGAGAGUAUCGAGAUGGACCCCGAUUGUUUACCGACACCAACAGACACACUGCUGGCUCAGUGCAUUCCGGACAGCAACGUAACCACCGAAACGGAAAUCGAGCGAAGGGAUAGAUACGACGAAGUUGGUAAGGAGGAACCUACGGUUGCUAAUGUCACUAAUUUGGUAUGCGUUCGGAAGAAUGUGAUGGACGGUGGAAAGAAUACUACGGAGAGCCACACAACGGAACAGGAAUUCACCACGGAAGCCUUAAAACCUCGACAGUUAUCAUCAAGCUCUUCUUCCACAGCCUCUACACCCUCGGUUGCCGAGACAACCGUGGGCGCAGUGGCUUCCAGUGAUGUGAUGGCAGGUGAACGGUGCUGCGAGGCGAGUUGUUUAGCCGCCUCCAACAACAACUUGCCGUUGCUGACAGAACCCGAUUUUACAUUGACACCGAAUGUGGCGACCAGCAUCGUUUGUAUCAAUAAUAACGACUGCUACAAUAACAACAAGAGUAGUAGCAUUGAUGCCGGCGAAUCAACCAUGGAAAGCAAAGCAGACGAUGAGUUCGUAACCAGCGCGACCUGUACGAGCAACAACAUCGACAUCGCUGAUGCUGGUGAGUGUGUAAUGUUAGCAAACGAUGGUGAGCGACGGGUAAUUCCGGUAGCGACUACUGCUACGUUGACGGAAGGCGACCCAGUGUCUGCGACGAGUACAGCACCAGACUCGUCAACUUGUGAGCCAAGUGGCACGCAAACCACUGCUACUUGCACCAGUGAGAGCAAACCGUACCAAGCCAUGUCGAUGGUAGUAGCACCGAUCGAAAUAGUACAAAGCACACAAACAGCCACGAACACCAUUAACAGCAGUACUACGGCAGAAGACGAAGGCGUGGAGCUGUCCGAAACAAAAGCAGAAGCGCUUGUUGCGACCGGCACGGACACAGCUAUGUUGACGACUGCAAAUAUUACCACCACCAAUGCCAGUGACGUAGAUAGUUUGCUAUCCUUCUCGCUGUCGUCGCUGUCGACACCGGCACCGCAUUCGCUACCUCCCUCUUCUUCGUCCACUGCUGUGGUGGCCACGGUCGCCACACUGCCACCGACGUCGGGGCUGUCCUUCGACCUGUCGUCGCCAACCACGACACCAAACGUGCUGGCAAAAUCCCAACAGGAAAUCAAACUUACCUCGGCUAGUGCAAUAAUGCAAACGCAUUCGACCCUGGAUGAAAAUUUAGCCAUACGGCGGCUACAUGAACCACACGAAAGACCCUCCCUUGAGAGCGAAGGAUUACUCCUCGUUUCUUCGAAUGCAGGAACGCAGCCAACUGUUGCGGUAGCAGCUGUGUGUUCGUCCUUAACACCCGACAAAGCAACCUCCGUCGAUGAGCAGGCGACACAUAACGGUAACAGGCCUGAUGCAUCAUCCCAUAUCUUAACAUUAGCCGAAGAGUUAUCGGCAGCGGCGGCGGUGGUGGCAGCAGCACAAGCAGUCCCAUCAGCAUCAGCAGCAACAUCGCUGCCACUAGCAACAGCGAGCGCCGUAGUAACCCUACCAAAGAGUGCUGCCGGCACAGCCAGCAGUAGCAGCUCACCGUUGAUACUGCACAGUAGCCUCAAGAAACCGAACAAACUGGGUGUGAUGACUGGUACGAGAGCGGCGAACGACGCUGUACGGAGGGUAUCCUUUCCAAGGGAUGCAGAACUCAUCACUGGCUACCUAGCUCCAGUUAAUCCUUGGGCAUGCAUCUCCAUCUGCAAGACACCGGAACUAGUCGAGCUGUACCGUAGCUCGUGCAAACGACAUAGCACGCUACCCCUGAAGAGCGUUCUCGAGCAUCUGCAGUCAGUCGACAUGACCAAAGGGCGAGUGCCGCUGCUGUCGCUGCGGGAUCAGAAUCUCAGCUAUGGCUCCUGCGAGGCACUAGAGGAAAUCUUCAAACACGUUCAGUAUCGGUGCAUCGACCUAUCGCACAGUGGGCUUGAUGAUGUGACCGCGAGCGUUAUGUUCGACAUCAUCGAGUACUAUGAAGCGGCCAACGAGCUAGACAUUUCCGACAAUCUGCAAAUGUCGAGCAAAUCGUGGACGGCCUGCAUAAAUAUGCUCAAGAAAAGCCAGGCACUGAACGUGCUAAUAACACGAGGCCCGACGAUAUCGGACUAUCAGGCGACGAACCUUGCCAAAGCCCUGAACACCUCUGCCAUACAUACGCUCAAGCUGGAACACUGUGUGCUCAGCCAGCAGCCGAUAGCCUCUCUUUGUUCAAUGCUAAAGCGCAACACUGUGUUACGAGAACUUUGGUUGGCGCACAAUCAACUGAUUUGCGAAGAUGCUCAACAGAUAGCGAAUUUGUUGCGCUCGAACUUCUACAUUCAGCUGAUCGAUAUUUCAAACAAUCGGAUUGGGGAUAAAGGAGUCGAGUACAUAGUAAAUGCAAUCGUCGAACAAUCGGUCUAUUUCAAGGACGUUCAGGAUAAGAAACGUAAAGCGGAUCUCAACUUUACCGAUCUUUCGAGCAGCUUGAACAGUAUCAAUAGCUCCAAGAACUACUUUCCCCAGCGGCUGCGAACGAGCGACUCGUUGAUGUCAAUCGCCAGCGACAACAGUGACACUAGCGGUACCUCACCGGCCGGGACUCCGCUCACGCCGCCAGUAACACCACCCUCGACACCAGCGCUACCAUCGAUAGAAUCGUCAUCAUCAUCAUCUUCUAUGCAGCAGAUACAGAGGAACAAUGUGGCAGAAAACGCUAACGAAGCUGCUAUUGCUACGGUCAAAACGGCCUCCACCGUGUAUACGACACUGACGCAAUCCAAUGACGAAAACCACCCACCACCGUCGCCGCAACCACCAUCACCGUCACCAUUAACCGGUGUAGCUCCGCCGAAUGUGAAUCUAGUGGAAACGAGUACAAAACUUAACAAUAGCAUAAGUCAGCAAAAUAGUGAUAGAGAACGGUUUGGAGCGGGGUUGGUGGUAACGGCGGAAGAGGCAGCAUUGAUCAGAGCGGCCAGCGGAACUAAGACGACAAGCGAGUGUGAUAGCUUAAUGAUAACGAGCCCUGCUGCAACAGUACAAAGCGAGCGCGUGGAAUCGAUGGGGGAGGCUCAGACGGUAGAGCUGGUGCUAAGCUUCGACCAGUCAGAAAGUCCUGUGCCGCAGUCCCCGAAAAAGGCACGCUUAGCUAAGCAAGACAGCGUACUGAGUGAGUUUGAAGCCGCCCUAAUCGAUCCCACGGAUGCCAAACCAAAGCAAGAAGAAGUGCAAAAGGAAGAGAGAGAGCAACAACACGGUGGUGGUCGUAGAGACCGUACUAGUUCCGACGUUAGUGACCCUACUGGUUCCGAGCAGCAGCCACAUCAGUUAGCAGCUAGGUCUGCAUCUACCAGUGCGAUGGACGAAGAUGUAUCCGAGCUGUGUGCCGAUUAUGACGAUGAUGGUAGCAAUUUGAAAAUUUCGCAGGAAAACCUGUUCGUCGAUUUAGCUAUCACCAAUGAUCCGGAGAAUAAGCUUUCAGAGAAGAGCGUUCUCGUGCCGGAAGUGGGACAGUUCACAGCAGUCGUCCUACCCGCGGCCCCGCUCAAAAAGGAUGAGUUGCAGCUGUUGAUCGAAAAGUCGCAACAUCAAGAACCACCGCUCGAGGCAGCGAUCGAAGCUCGCGAGGAAGGGGAUCAUAGCCAUACGAAGGAGGAAGGAAGGAAGGCGUCUAACGCCAAAGCGGAAGACACGUUGCAGCAGGUCGCUGCUCUAGAUGAGGAACAAACAAACAAUAGUGCCAUCGGUGGUGGUGCGACGAUGGAGUCGCUCAAGAGAAAUCGAUCGGUGGAGAUUGAAAUUAAAGGAGGUGGAACGAAGACGGUACCCCUGUCGCGAUCCCUCGAUUCCGUCGGUGACGAGUCCGAUUUCGAGAUGAACAGCAGUCCCUUCAUAAUGGCGGCUAGCCCGAGCAGCAAUUUCCCGAACGAACGUUCCUUCAGUUCCGAAAGCCUCAACAGUGAAACAUCGAUUGAUUCGAAUGACUCAAAGUCGAGCUUGAAGAUAAUCGAAUCGAAAUUUGCGGCAAAGAACGGUACCCUUGAGCGGCAGCAAUCAAAUAUUAAUCGGGACAUCGGUGGUACGGAUAGCAUUGCUUCAACAGCCCCCACUGGUUUGCAGGUGCUGGUGCUAUGGAACAACGAAAUCACACGGAAAUCGGCCUCAAAUUUUGCGAAAUUGAUCGAGAAAACGUCCACUCUGGACACCUUGAACGUGGGAAGUAACUUGCUGUGCAAUAGCUUCGUGACGGGCAUUGGACAAAGCCUGAAGACAAACGCAAGCUUGACGAACCUUGGCCUGCAAGGAGCACACCUGUCAGACAAGGGAGCGAAAGCGAUGGCUGAAGUGAUCGAGUUCGGCGGGAACGCCUCCUUACAGCGCAUCGAUCUACGCAAUAACAACAUUCAGAAGGCGGGACUGGAAGCUUUAAAUGAAGCGAUGAAGUCGAACAAAUCCGUCACGCGAAUCGAUCUAGAUGAUACGCCGCGCAGAGUUAAGGAUUCUACGCUCGACGGUGUCGGCUCGGAGUACAGCCGAUUGGUGAACAACAUUCGAGCGCAAUGCGAACGUAACAAGAACCCACCGGAACCCAGUGAGUCGGCCAAUAGCAGCACACAGGUGAGACGCGCGCGAGCCAACUAUCUGAGCAGCCGCAAAAUCUCGCUGACCUGUCAGUCGAUCCGAACUUCGCCGAGUGCACUGGCGGACAAACAACAUCUGCUCGAGCCCAGCGGCGGUACCAGUGGUCCUGGUGGGUGCAAGAAACCGAGUGGCCGUUUGCGUUCUCCGUUGCCCAGUCCCAUCCCAUCACCCAUUGCGUCACCCGUGCCCAGUCCAUCGCGUAAUCGCUUUCUCGUGUCUCGGGUUACCGACUCGACAGGGAGCGGGAGCGGUGGCAGCAGUGGUUUACUCGGUGCUGCCUCUACCUCACCGUCGCCCUCGUCAACCGGUAGCUCACCAACGUUGUUCUUCCCAUCGAACUCACGUUUCCGUGUGGUAACGGUCGCCGAGCCAGACCCCGUUGCCAAAGGUGCUAACACUCGCAGCGGUAGCACCAUCAGCCUGCCAAGCAAAUCAUCCUUCACAUCCUCACCGCCACCAGCUUCGUCGUCGGCGGCCAUUGGGAUGCCACCGUCGGGGUUGAUCGGUACUAGUGGCAGACGCCCUGUGUGCAGCUCAGCACCAACCUUUUCAUCCUUUUCUUCCUCAUCGUCCCCGUCGCCUUCUUCACCAUUGGCGGCAGCGUCUGUAACCGUGGCCGGUGUUCCGAGUGUGCGUUUGAACUCACCAUCGCCCCUGUUGCCUCCAUUAAGCAACCCGCUAAACAACACCAAUAUACUACCACCAACACUGCUCCCGAUGCCGACAGCGGCCGUGUCGGCGGCCAUGCCCAUGAUGGGAACAUUCGUUGCGGCACCCACAAUCCCACAGAUAAUACCACAAAACAUCCCGCUGUUGCAGCAGCAACACCCGCAAUUUACACCAUCUCCUUUGCUGUAUCAACCUCAGAUGCCACUGCAGCUGCAGCAACAGCAGCACCAGCAGCAGCCGAUACAGUGUGUACAACAGCAAGGCUAUCCACUGAUCACGACGUUUGUGGCCAGUGGCAAUGCAAUGAUUCCAAUGGCACCGCUACAACAGCAGUCUACAGUCAUUCCAACAGUGCCUCAAAAUACCGCUCCCCAUAUGACACCAUCGUCACAAAGGCUACUGCAACAAAUGCAACCGACCAUAUUACCACAAACACAGCCACCUUCGCUGGUGGCCACAACCCAGUACACCACACCUUCAGCCCCAUGCUAUCAUCCCCCCAAGGGACGCCAUUUAUCGACAUCGCACAACAGCAACAGCAGCAGCAGCACAACGCUCCACGAUUCCGUGCUUUCGUCGACGAGCAUCGAAAGCCCAGACCUCGAAGUGAAACGGUUUAUGUCCGGAGGCAUCAUGGACGAUAGCUGCUGUUCGUCGAUCAGCAGCAUCGAUUCGAUCGAUAAUCCUAACUUCAACAAUACAUCCAUCAGCUCGGCAGAUGAAAGCUUCGAUCUACUGACGGGUGCAAGCUGCUCCCCGAAACCGCUAGUAACGGGUAGCAGCGAUCACCGAUCACGGUCGACGAGUACGACGAGCAGCAGCAAUUCGGUAGCAACUCGACCGGCAGAAGAGAGCACACUUGUAGCUCGAUCAUCCACUGGACCGGAUGCUGUGCGAGUUUCUCCUUUGCAGCCACACUCAUCGACCAUGGUAGUAGUUGGGACUGGGGUACCGUUGCUACAGUCGGCCAGCUCCCAGGAAUCGCUGUACGAUGUACACGAUCUCUCCGCGUCGUCCAAUUCAUCCUCGCUAUCGGCUACCAACUGGACGGUCGGUACAAAACCACCACUACCAACCGUUGCUGGGGCUUCGGUUGUUGGUAACACUGCUCCAGUACCGGCGAGCAACUCAAACGAAAGUACUCUCACAGCAACGCAGCAUUUCGAAAAGGAACCGAAGAGCAGUGGUGGCAGCUCGCCAGCCGAAAAAGUGGCAGCGUCCGCACCGCGUGUAAGGAAAACCUCCUGGAUUCAUUCACACAUCGGAGGAGGAGGAAGCUCAGCCAGCAAGCAAGGAACGGAUUCUAGUUCAAGCGGCGGAAGUACACCAACACCCAGCGGCGGUAGCGGUUACCCGCCGGCUAUCGAAAAGCUGCUAAGCAUCUUCAAUCCAAGCAAUCUGUUCUCGUCUAAUAAAUCCUCUUCAGCAAGCCCACCGAAUGUCGUGGAAGGUGCCGGUAUCGGUACCGGGCCCGGUUCCGGCUCCGGUGGUUCGCAUCCUCCCUCGAGGAAGGAAAGUCCAAUGGGAGGAUUGUUUUACUGGGCUCACGGUGGGAGUAGUAAUGCAGGCAGCAAUAAUAAUACAAUUACCAGUCCGUCGGCGGCACCGAUUGCUCCGGCAAGUGCGAAGAAGGAUGAGGACCGCGUGCUAAGGGUGAAUGUAUCGCCUGAGACUACUCUCACACCGCAGCAACUGCAGCCGCUACAAAAUCAAGCUCAAAUACAUCAUCAUCAGCAUCAGCAAGCAGAACGAUCGCCGGGUGUUGCCGCGCACCAGCAGCAAAGUGUAGAGAACCUACCUCCGCAGCUGAAGGUGGAAAUGAAGGAAAAUAUUUCCCCAGAAAACACCAUCACGAACAAAUUGCUCACGACUGGUGUUGGUGUGGUGACGUCCGGCGGUGGCACUAGUGGCAGUUUGCCGGCGGAACCCUCGGUCGUGGUAGUAGCAACACCAAGUAGCAACCCGGUGCCAUGCGUGUCGAUGGUCACAGCACCACAUUCGAAGGUCAUCUUUCAGCUCGGUGGUGAUUACGACGAGUCGGAGGAUGAUAUUGAGACGCUGACUAGUAAAUUCGGAAAUGCAUCCAUGGGUCAUUACUAUGGAAGUCACCAGAGUGGCGCUAGCAGUUUGAUCGGUAGUACGGCGAGUAACAGCAGCGGUAUAAGCAUUGGUAGUGCAACGAGCGCCGGCGAAGCAAUCAGUGGUGCAGCGGCUGGGAGCGUGACUGGAGGUAUGGGGCGUUCACUAUCACCUAAUACGACAGCUGAAAGGCUAUCAUCCGAACCGACGACUAUGGUGCUGAGCCAUCUAGGACAACUGGCUAGGGAUUCGUUGAGCAUGUUCAAAAACCCCAGCCUCACAUCGCAGGACUCUAUGUCGAUCCGGUCGAUGGAUUCGUUGCCGGAAAUGACAAUCGAAGCGGCCGCCAAUUACAAUCCACUGACUGCUGUGAUGACGGCUCCCACACAUGCCGCUACUCAAGACGGAUUAACAGCAGCCACUACCACAAAAGCAACAACCGUCGUAACGACGACAUUGAAACAACGACCAACAGCACCAGAACAACCACCGUGUGUUGCGACGGAAUCGAUCGCAACGAAACUACCUACUAUAUCAUCAGCUACGCCAUCACCAGCAACAUCAUCUAUUUCUCCAACACGUUCAAUAUUGUCAUCACCCAAAUCGCCGCCACCACCAGCACCACCAGCAGCAUCAUCAUCAUCAUCGUCAUCGGUAGACAAAAUGGGAAGUCAGUAGCGAACCUGGGUGGAGCGAAGGAUAGCAGUGGAAGUACUUAUCUAGAAUGUUGUGCUAAACUCUUUAACCUGAUCCGUUCCCGCUUGCGUUUUUUUUUCUCUUUACUUUAUAUUUUUGCUUCGAAUCAAUGGGGACGCUCUUUAUCGCCGCCUUGUCUUGCUUAUUUGUCGGCCGGUCUGUCAGGUGUGAACAUCUCGCAAAACUGCGCUCACGAAACCGCAGCAGAAAACAAAACCUAGUGGUUCUCUUAUACGCUGGACGCAACAAGUCACUAAUGAAUCGAUACAGUACACUUCACGCCGUUAACUAGCCGGUGACAGGAGUAGAUUGUUUAGGAACAGUUUGUUCAAUUUGCGAUCAUUCCAUGCGAUGAGACAGAAUACUAAGAAUGAGAGAUGAUAGUAGAGUGGCAAUACAGAGCUCAGAAAGCUUGGAAGAGUAAAACGGUGGAGCAUGUUGGAAGAUUACUUUUAGUCGCUUCCUUACAUGUCCUUUGGAUGUGGGAAUCGAUGCACCUAAGAGGAAAAAAAGAGAAAAAAUAGUGCAGCAGUAGGCGUGUGCAGUUUGCGUUAACACUCCCAUCUCACCAAGACAAACGUUUACAGUCCACUGAUAAAAGCAACAUGAUGUGCCUUCUUUAAUAAUGGAAACCAAGAGACAUUACAAUCACAUUACACGACAUUGCGAGAUCCAUAAAAACACGUUGAUGACUAGAGGCAGGGAUAGAUGAAACACCAUAAGUUAAAUAAUCAAGCAACCCGGAACUAGAAUGAGGAGCAAUUUGUGCAAUUAAGGGGGUGCACUCGCGAGCAAACGAAAAAUCAACAACACUACAUGGAAUAACAACUCUUUGAUAAACUCUACUUGACUGAAUAGGAUUACACAGCGGCAUCCAGGCGUGACUAAUUUUUGCAUACAUUAUGAAAGUGCGUUGAUGUAUUACAGCCAUAAAUGGCCCAUGAAAGAGGAAGUAGAAUGAGAGGAACUAAAGAAUCCUACCCUGUCUCACACGGUCGUUGAAAGGAGUGAAGUGUACAUGUUCAUUCAAUGUGCAGUCCAAUGAAACAACAUAAAUGGUGGAAAACGAUGGUUAGUUGCAUCGUUGGACGUUGGUCGGGUGGUUAACAAAAGGCUGGUCAAGGUUGAGGUUGUGACAAAGCAAUCGUUGCCAAUUGCGAAUGGUUGAAAUAGCUAGAGUUGAUAAGUGAAAAAGCGAGAAAUGUGGCUAUGCGAAUUGAAGGAUUUGCUCGUAAAACCUUGACCAAAUUCACUUGAUCCGCAGGGCGAGCCCUGUUCCCUUGAUGAGACCCGAGGCGUUGCAGCUGUUGGGUGAAAUUUCAAAGUAAUUGAGCGGCCAAUAUAAAUAAUGGCAGACCGCGCAUUGAUUGAAUCCUGCCCUCCCAUUAUGAUUGGUUGCACACCGCCGACAUCGAACAAGUAAGCUGGUAGUAUCGGGCCCUUAACUGAUCGAUUCGUUAUUUCCCAGAUCUAUACACCAGAAACAUAUUUUGCUUUUUACAAUAUGAAUGCAACUCAAAAAAAUGAUCAGAACGGAGACGGUGCUAACAGAGUUAGACGUGCGCGAUGAAAGGUUGACAUCUUUAUAAUAUGCUAUGCUGGAAAGAAGUUCUUAUUACUACCGACCGUCUUUUACGAGUGACGAUUCCACGAUGUGUACGGGAUUCGUUUAUACAGGAUGUGCGCGAAAGCUAUGGCAACCGACUGAGCAUUAGAAACGAAGUACUUUAAUUUUGCACUCGUAGUGUAAGACCGGAGGAAAAAUACGUAAAACGGUCAUGGUAUCCAGUUCACGCACUUUGAAACAUCGCGAAUAGGAACAUGAAAACAAGAUGGUGUUGUGUGUGCUGUAAUGGAGAAGCAUAGUUUAAUUAUCUCGUAAUUUUUGUUUUGGCAUACAAUUACUUACCCACACGCCCAAUAACUUACAAAAGGAUUAUUUAAAAUGAAAUCAAUCAAAUCAUCCUACAACACUAUACUUUAGGCAUUCGUUUACUUAACCUGUUUCCUUAACAAAUCGAUCAAAAUUAACUAAAAAUUCAUCAGUCCUGCAAUAUCAUGAUGGCCAACCGCUCGAAAAAGGGCAAACAUUUUGAAGAUAUUAUCCUGACAUGAACUGUGGUCCUGAUUGGAGGUGAUCAGCGGUGGUUGACCAUUAUUCUUCGGCAACCCACCAACGUAUAAGUCCACUGUAUCUGAGUUGAUUAUCGCAACAUCACCUAGAGUGCGCAGUAUAGUUCAGAAAGCUAGUAUCUUUUUUUCUCUCUCUCUCUCUAUGUUGGGGUUCCUUGCGUGCUGCAGUAAUUACUCUUCUAUCGUGUCCAAACGAGUGGCUAGUGCUUCUUCUGUUGGUCGUGCCGGGUCUCUCGUAGUACAUUGGUGCGUGUAUCGUUUGGCAGUUGACUGGCUGUCUGUACAACUUAGUUUCCUUUUUCUGUGAUACAACAAAAGCACACUUGUGAUAAAGUGAAAUUUAUUGAUACAUAACGAUUUUACUGGUAUAUUGCACCAUUUUUUUUUGUUUUUACUUCUUCGUUAAGUAGGAUUCAUUUUGCCUCUUUGUGUUUUUUCUUCUUUUAUUUCUCUCCCCCUCCCUAAGAACUUCCGUUAUCAUUUGUUAUGUUUGCCGUAGCCGUGCAUUGCCGGUGGAAGCGAUUGACCAUUCACGUGGCAACGCUCAGCCGAACGAAUUGAUUUACAAAUUAUGUUAUUAACAUCAUAGGGAGCACGAGCGUGCGGAAAUUGUGAUAGCCAGUGUGUGCGCGUGUGUGUGUGUAUGUAUGUCUGUAUGUGCGUAUGUGUGUGUGUGUUGUGUGAUUGGAAAAAUCAUUGAAUGAAUGCGUGUUCGAAGAUCGAACAGUCCCAUAUUCUCCCGUUUGGUCGCAGUUUAGUGUGAUAGCAUUGAAAUCCCUGAAAUAUAUUUGACUUACAAACAGUCAACAGCAAAAUACAAAAAGAAGAACCACACAACCCUCAACCUUAUACGAACCCAAACCGACCGGCGGAAGGAGAGAAACUGUGAUACUCAGUCUUGGACACGAUGGAUAUCAUUUUCGUUAUGCUUAUCAACUCUAACCCUGAGGAGUAGCUUCACCCAGUGAUGAUGGUGCAGCACCUGUCCGUAAUAGUAGCUUGAAUGUCUUGCACUAGAGCUUGUACGUUGCAAUGCUUACAGUUUCACCAACAGAAAUAAAGAGGCAGUAGUAGGCUAGCUAGGAGGAUGCGAUGCGGUGCUUCUCCGAGCAUAACACCCUGCAAUACAUGAGGGUGGCAGCACCAUACAGCAGGCAAUCAAGCGACUGUUGCUUCCUUCCUCCACAUUUUCUAACAGCAUCAUCUCAUGACCAGCUCCCAACAUGAUCACUCUCACUUAAUUCAAAGCUCAUCCCAUCCCACCCCCACCUGAUGUUACUUCUAAUUCCUGUUACACCUUUAGUAAAUACCUACCGCCGAAUUCAUCCUCUCCAGCGGUGAAUCGUUGGAUUAAUUUAUAAUUUAGACCUUCUUUACCAAUAUACAGCUUCGUCUGUAUUUUUAGAUGUUAAUAGUUUAACGUUUAUGAAUUCGCGUCGAGCUCCGAUUUUCAUCCAACCUCUACAUUUACUGUGUUAAUGGAUCGAUUUAGUUUUUUUUCCUGUUUUGUUCAACUAUCUCUCAACUAUGUUUUGUGAAUAAAAUUGAACGGCCACAGUAGCAUGGAAUUUACUUCUCACUAUCACCCCCCGCCCCGUACUUUAAUUGUGUAUCGAGAAAACCUUCGACUACUUCACGACCUUCCCCCUCCCAACAAUGAGCUGAUUUAAUUUCAUAUUUUUUCUUCUUUUUUUCUUUCCCAACCUGUCCCCCGGUCCUGCACUAUCCAACCUUCUUCCCUUGGUCCGAAAGCCGAAGCCUGUGGGGCUGCAGUUUUGCUGCAACUGCGGCUUAAGCACGAACAACUGCAAGCCAAGAAGAAGUUAAUGAAAUCGAAAUCCUUACCCGACAUGAAAACAGUACACUAGGACUUUAAUUACCGUUCAUUUCAGGCCGAUUGAGUGGAGUAUUUGGUUUUUACUUUUGUGGUCUACUUCUUAUCCUCCCACACCGCAACCUUUCUUUUGUUCGCCCUCCAAGCACUUGCAAUAGCCGGGUGUGGCAGUUGGUGUUGCUAGUAGGCUUGGAAUAUUUUUCUGAUAUCGUUUCUUCAUUUGGCCGAUCGUUUUACAAUAAACUCUGUAAACUCCCUUA